GUGUGUGCCCGUCGUACUACCGCCACCGCACCGUCAUGAAUACGCGACGGCUGUCGUCGUCACCGCCGCCGCCGCCGCCUCCACCAUCACUACCACCACCGCCGCCACCGUCGCCACCACCGCCGCCGACGCUGCGAUACCGCCGACACUGCCGCGGCCGCCGCCGAUGCGGCACGCACUUGGUUAACGGGCGUAGAACUUUCGAGACCGAUCGCCAGAAAAUAAUAUCUUUUUCUUGCGCACACACACACACACACACACACACACACACAUAAAAUACACGCGUGUGAAUAAUACAGUACAUGACGCGCCAUUGAAUUUCGGUCGAAAACGGUGGACGGAACGAUAAUCCCAAGACCUUUGAUGCGUCGGAAGAUGCCGAAUGUGGCGGUCGUCGCCGUUGCCGUCGCCGCUCUGUUGCUGGUCACCGCGGAAACGGUGCUGACGGCCGGCGGCGGCGGCGGCGGUGGUGGCGGCGGUGGACGACAACGCGGCGCGGCCACCGCCGCCGCCGACCGUCAGCAGGACAUCGACAGCGGCGACGACGAGUCCUUGCGGACGCCGGCCGCCGUCCAGUGCGCCAAUUGUUUGGGCCACGAGGGAAUCAAGUCGCUGAGCAUCGAACUGAUCAAAGCGUCGAUACUGAACAAGCUGGGCAUGCAGCGGCCACCGGAGUUCGGCGGCCGGUUGCCGCCUCGGGUUCCCACCGAUCUGCCGCCGCUGCAGGAUCUCAUGCGCAGGUACAACAACGACCACGGCAGCUCGGUGGUGGUGUUCCCGCGCAUCCGGCACAAGUCGCAUCACUUUGACGACAGCGUCACCGACAUGCAGAGCGACGAAGCGACCGGUUACUCGACCACCGCCGCGGCCGCCGCGUCCGCGGAAAACGCCAACAGCUACAACGUCGGCAACAUGGACGUCGACGACGACGACUAUCACGUCAAGACGCACAAGCUCAUAGCGUUCGCUCAGCCGCAUCCCACGGUGCAGAAAUUACGGGGCCACUAUCCGCUCUAUUUUACGUUCUCCGAACAGACGGGCCAGCAACGGAUUACCGAAGCGAUCCUGUGGCUGUACAAGAGACGUUUGGAUGUGGUCAUCGAUGACGCGGUGGUCAUGAUAGAGGUGUACAGAAUCUACCCAAUCACCUUACAUCAGUCAUUUGUGUCCAGCUUAAAGUGCGUUAUCAACACCACCCAACCGGGCUGGGUGCCCAUUGACCUACAGAGGCACAUGUCCGACUGGUUCAAGACCACGGACGGGCCCAAGAACUUGACUCUAGCGGUGCACGCGUACUACGUGAACAAGAACACCACGCACGCCAGGACGCCGUACGUAACGGACGCCAGGAAAAGAGAAGACAUGACCGAGAUCCCGUACCUGGAGGUGCACACGGAAGACACCCGGCGGUCUCGAGCCAAGCGCAACGUGCUGGGAAAGGAUUGCGACGAGAACUCGAAAGAGCAGCUAUGUUGCAGGUACCCUCUGACGGUCGAUUUCGAGGACUUCGGCUGGGACUGGAUCAUCGCGCCCAAGAAGUACGAGGCCAACUAUUGUUCGGGCGAGUGUCCGAUGGUGUACCUACAAAAGUACCCGCACACCCAUCUCGCACAGCUCACCAACAAGUCGGGCACGUACCCGGGCACCGGUCCGUGCUGCGCUCCUCGCAAGCUGUCCGCCAUAUCCAUGUUGUACUUCGACCAGGAUUUCAACAUCAUCUACGGACUGCUGCCCGGCAUGGUGGUGGAUAGGUGCGGGUGUAGUUAGGCACAUCGCCGCCGUCGCCGUUUUUGCGAGCUCGUCGUCAAAAAUAUGAUAAUAUUAUGUAAAAAUAUUAUAAUUUUAUUAUUAUUAUAUAUUUUGUUCCGGUUGCGUAUUUGUCAUAUACCUAUACUAUAUAUAUAUAUAUAUUAUUAGCGUUUUUAUCUUGUAUUUUGUUCGUUCGUUUGUUUUAUUCUUCGUUUUAAAAUUCUACCCUCUAAUCAAACGUACUUGCGUGCACUGCAGGAAUAUACGGAAUGUUUUUUAUAAUUAUUUACAUCUCGUUAUAUCGUUAUAUAGACGCUGUUCUGCGUACAGUGAAAAUUCUUUUUUUAUUGUGUAGGUAAUAGAAUAAUAUUAGGCAUUUCGUAAUCUUCGACGUUACUGACACAAACUACUAUUUUGAUCGUUCUGUGCAAUAUAAUUUAAAUAGUAAAUUUUCGCGAUUGCGACACGGAAAAAAUAUUACUAGAAUCGGUUCUUCCAUCCGUCCGUGAUCGUUAAACAUCCGACAGAAAAACCUCUAACAACAAAAUAUGAUAUUAAACUCUAUACUUUACAUACAUAUAGGCAUUAUCUGCGCAUAAUACUUGUAUGAAUAUCAUAAUAAUAUAGUAAAUACGUAGACGAUUUCUUUAUUUAUGAACGUCAUUUUUAAAUCGACGACAAUCUGCAGCAAGAACACUGCACUAGUCAAUUAUUAACUUUUUGUCUAUACAUGUACCUAUAUAUAAGCGAAAACAAUGUACUGAACGGCAAUUAUGUGUAAUACCUAUUUAGCUGUUUUUCUUUUAAAAAUGAAUUCCUUUCACGCAGUGCCUCUUUUUGUAUUCUUAUUUUCUUUACAAACACGCGAUUCUCUCAGUAUUUAAAGUAUAGAUACUUGGUCGCAUUAAAAAAAAAAAUAUAUAUACAUAAUAUAUAACCUAUUUACAUCUAUUGUAAUGAAUAAUAAUUAAUUUCAUGCACUACCUCGCUUUCGUAUAGGUUACAUUCAUUAUUAUUAUUAUUAUUCUUCUUAUUA